CGUUUAUCGUUCUUGCAUUCCUUAACAGGAUUCAUCCAUUGCUGUUUUCAUGAACAAAGAAGUAGUCCGCAGCGACACAGGACCAUGACCACACGGCGCUAUGUAAUCGUUAUGCGACACGCGCAGCGUCAGGAUGAGGUAGAAGACGAUUGGCCGGGCGCUGAGGCAGCGAGGCCUGGAGGAAGACCGUGGGACCCACCGCUGUCGUCCCCAUGUGGAUUGGGUCAAGCGGAAGCUGCAGGAGCCAACCUCCUGGAGUGGGAACGCCGCACGGGGGCGCGUAUUGUCUCGAUUGUAUCAUCGCCGUUCCUCAGAUGCCUCCAGACCGCUGCAGCCGCAUGCCGCCACUUGGGCCUCCCCCGCAUGCACCUCAGUUGGUCCCUGUCGGAGACGCUGUGUCGGCUGCACGAGCCGCCGUCGGGCCCCCUGCCCUCCUGGAUGUGGCCCCGCCCGGCCCCUCCUGCAGCGACGAGAGAUGGAGACGGAGGAGGAGCAGGAGCAACCGCCAGCUCGCCGGGAGGUGCCGCAACCGUUGAAACUCAGGCCGGGGAGAGAACGAGCGGGGAAGAAAGCGGGGAAGGGAUGAAGAGGGGAGGCGCUGAAGCCUCUGCGGCUCCUGCUGCUGCUGCUGGGGCCCCCCAGGGCAGCUGCAUGACGGUCGAGGAGUUUCUGCAGCUGCUGGGGGCAGUGGUGGAGGGCGGAGAUGGGGCGGCGGGGGCAGCAGCUGGCGGGAAGGAGGGCUUGGUUGGAGCGGGGGUGGCAGAGGCAGGUGCGGAGAGUGGGCGGUGCAGGGCAGAGGAAGAAGCAGCGAGAGCAGCAGAGGACCUGGAGGGAGAGCAGAAGCUGCCCACUGGCUCGCUUGGGCACGUCCUGAAGGGUCUGCGGGUGUCCCUGUUGCCGCCGCCGACUGACCCUUGGGUCACCAACACAAGCAACAACGACGGACGCCCCUGUUCAGCGGCACCUGGGUCAUCGCCAGCGGCAAGGGAUCUCAGUUGUACGGCAGCGGAGGAGGCACAGCAGUACGGCGACCAGCCGCAGCUAGUGGAUGUACGGCAUCACCAUCAACGGAAGGCGAGCAGGGAUUCCGAGGCUUCUGGCGAUAGCGGCGUCAGUGCAGCUGCGCCAGCGAACGCCGGUGAGACUUCGCAUGCUCAUACCGCAGCCUCGACGUACGGCAUUCCCUGC